UUUGUAUCAGUUGGCUGCCAUGAAAACAAAAUAAAUAAAAGCAGCUGAAUUUCUGUUCUGUUUUCAAUUGCUUUUCAUUAGCUUUCCUAGUUAUUUUUAAAGAUGUUGAGCCACACUCAGAACGUGUCCCACACAGUGAAACAGUUUCUAAGGAGAUCAAGUGGAAAAACUCAGAAUAUUUUAUCUAAAUUUGAGAAAAUAUCCAGUAUUACAAUCGGCUUGCCGUUGAGGUUAUGUUAUGCAACAAAGGCAUCAGAGGAGUCGCAGAAAACGGCUCCCAGUGUUGAUUUGGAGAAUAUUGAAGUGAUGAAGAAGCUUGCACAAACAUGGUGGGAUCUUACGGGAGAUCUAAAACCCCUUCAUGCAAUGAAUCACGUCCGGGUUCCUUUUAUAAGAGACGGUUUAGUUGCAACUGGAAAAGUGAAGGAUCCUAAGGGAGGACGUGAUAUUUUGAAGGGAAUGGAUAUCUUGGAGAUUGGAUGUGGCGGUGGAAUUUUAACAGAGGCUCUGGCAAGACUUCAUGCUAAUGUCACGGCCAUUGAUCCAGCUGAAGAACUUAUUGAGGUGGCUAAGCUAAAUGCUGAGAAAAGUCCGGAAAUCCAAAAGAGGAUAACUUACCUUACACAGACAAUUGAAGAUCACGUUUUGGAAAAUGUUGAGAAAUAUGACGCUGUAAUCCUGUCGGAAGUAAUUGAGCAUGUGAAUGAUCAGGAGAACUUUAUCAGGCACAGUAUCAAUUCACUGAAAUCCGGAGGAUCUAUCUUUCUAUCCACUUUUAACAAAACCUUCCUCUCUUACUGGCUGGGCAUCUUUGUAGCUGAGAAUAUCAUUCAGGCUAUUCCUAAGGGCACGCACGAAUGGGAUAAAUUUAUUUCUCCACAAGAAAUGCAGAGACUCUUCGAACAAAACAAUUGCUCAGUCAUUCAGACUAGUGGACUUAUGUAUCAGCCUUGGAACAAUACCUGGACCUGGUGCGAAUCACUCGGUAUUACUUAUAUUCAACACGCUGUUAAACAUUAAUCAGUAAAAUUCCUUAAGGUAUUGUGAUAAAAACUUCUUGAUUCUCUUUAUAAUCUCCUCUUGAAGAUGUCUCAGGGUUGAUUUUUUUUCUGUAGUGUUUAUUAGAUCUUCCCAGAGUGAGUUGACUUUUUUGGAAAAGCAUUUCAACGUAAAGUCCAAUGAAGAUAAAUGAUUUAUUCUCAAAUGGCUCGUAUUAGGAUUUAUGAGACUGUCCAAGUACUGAAAGUAAUGGUUGUAUCUGUGUGUUGGUAUUUUUGGUGGUGAAGAAGCUUCAUUAUAAAGCACUUUUAUGUUUCAUUCGUAACAUUUCAAGAGACUUGAGAGAACUGUAAUAUACCUUUUAAAAGGGUAGAAAUCGUAAAAAAUAAUAAACUUGUAAUAAAUGAAUAAA